UCAUUUUCCAGCAGUUUAAAACUAUUUCUUGAUCUAUCGCUAAAAAAUAUUUCCACUCACUGUUUUAUCCUAUUCUCAUUCUGCAUUACUUUUAUUUAAGUUACUUCAAUAAAUUAAAAGACGAGAUCCUGUAGCACUUGUUUCAUGCAUUAUUGAUAAUUUUGAGUUUUCACCGCUUUACUCAGUCCUUCAUCACAUCCGGAGCAUAGAGGACUUACUUUAAUCGGGCAAAAAUUAAAAAUCCAGAUAUAUCAAAAUUUUGGCAUUUUAUGGCAUUAAUACCCAUUAGUUAAAGGAAUGAGUAACAUAUAUAUUCAAGAACCACCAACCAAGGGGAAGGUUCUUUUAGUAACAUCAGUCGGAGAUAUAGAUAUUGAACUGUGGUCGAAAGAAGCACCAAAAGCAUGCCGCAAUUUUGUACAACUUUGUAUGGAAGGUUAUUAUAAUGGAACAAUAUUUCAUAGAGUCGUUAAAGAUUUUAUAGUGCAAGGUGGGGACCCAACAGGAACAGGUACUGGAGGCGAGUCCGUUUAUGGAGAACCCUUUAAAGAUGAAUUUCACUCAAGGUUGCGGUUUGUUCGCAGAGGCUUGGUGGCCAUGGCAAACUGUGGACCCCAUGAUAAUGGCAGUCAAUUCUUUUUCACCAUGAACCAAACACCAGAGCUUCAAAACAAGCACACAAUCUUUGGUAAAGUGACGGGUCCAACUUUAUUUAACAUGCUCAAGCUUCAAGAAGUUGCUGUUGAUGGAAAUGAAAAACCAUUGUAUCCUCCAACUAUUAUAAGUACUGAGAUUCUGUCCAAUCCAUUUGAUGACAUUGAACCUAGAGUAUUGAAGAAAGCAAAGAAAGAAAAAGAAGAGGAGAAAAAAAUAAAGAGCAAAUCAAAAGCCACAAAAAAUUUUAGUUUGUUGUCAUUUGGUGAAGAAGCUGAAGAAGAUGAGGAGCAGGCAUUUAAGGCUGUUAAGAAACUGAGUGGGAAAAGCAAGAGCAGCCAUGACCUUAUAGAUGAUCCAAAUUUAAGUUCAAUCCCUGUUUUAGACACAAGUGAAUUAGAGAAGUCAAACCUCAAAAGAAAAGUUCAGGAGAGUGAAGUGAAUACAGAAACAGCUGAUGAAGUUAGGAAAAAGCUUAAAAAAGAUGCCGUUGAAGUAACACAUGAAGAGAAGGAAGAACCACUCUAUGAUGAUGUAAAAAAAUCCAGAAGGGAUGAGAUCAAGAAAGAGACUGAGAAACUGAAAAGAGAGAUCAAGGCAUCUAAAAAGAGGGCAGAAACAAGAAACACAGAACAGUCAUUAAAAACAGAUAAAGAUGAAGUAAAAUUAGAAGAAAAGAAAGCUGAAGCUCCUGACUUUCUUGAGACUUUCAAACUAGAAAGACAGAAAUACAAAGAUUUAAAGAAGAUGCAGAAAAAGAAAGGCCAGAGCAGAGAGGCCCAGACACUAGCUAUACUAGAGAAGUUCCAAUCCAAGUUGUCUUCAGUAAAACAAUUGAAAGUCGACUACUCUGAUUCAGAAGGAGAAGAGAAGUCUGGAGAUAAUGCAGAGGAGGAAGCCAGUGAUUUAUCUUGGAUGCGACACAAGCUGCAAUUUGAGGACACAGGCAAGAAAAAAGUGAUUGAUGCCAACAUUACAGAUGCUGAUCGCUAUGAGAUUCAUGAUCCUAGAAAUCCUUUAACUCAGAGGCGGAGAGAAGCUAGCAAAAAAAAGAACAAGAAAAAAUAAAAUAAAAAACAUUAUUUAUUUGUAUUUCAUAUACAAGUGUAUAAAAAUUUGUUUUAAUAAAAUGCUAAUCUUAUGUCAUAAACUUUGUUUUAUCUAAUGUUAAACGUUUGAUUGAAACUGCUUUUCAGUUAAUGUGACUGGUUGUUUAUUUGCCUGCUGUUUGAUUUGGGGAUUUGAAAAGUUUUAUAAUCCUACAUAUUUUUGCUUAGUUUUAACAAUUACUAAGACAACUUUGAUUAGCCAUCUCUACUUGAUAGUUU